UAAUUUAGUUUUACCCAAGGCCGUCAGCUGGGUGGUGGACAGGGGGAUCAACGCGUACCACCUAGAACCUAGUUCCUAAGUGGACGUGCCGUAACUGUCUGUACACCCGGAAGUGCGACUACACUCUCCUCGUGAGGGCGGCUGGAAACAGAUCCUUCGGCACGGUCAUGUCUCUGCCGAGGGAUGCUGGCUAAUGGUAGUCGGGCGAAGAGAAGACAACUCUUGAAGAUCACCCCAAUCCAAGACGGAACAGCCUGCGUCGAAGGAUGCGUGGCCGAGGGGUAGCUCGGUUUUGAGUAGGCGAACUCUGCGCACCUGUCGACCCGCAGUUUCAAUCCAGACUUCCUGCGGCACCUCGGGCUCUGGCGUGGGCGACCUCCUUUCCCGUGCACUCGUGGGAAUCAAAUGAAUAGUUAUAUAUUUUCAGAGUCAGAUGCUGCUCCUAAAGCAUCGCCAAUCCAAAAUCCUGUGGUGGAUUCGGGCCCUGGCUUUGUCAGGCUGAAAACCAAGCAAAAGAAAUUACUGAGAAAGGCUCUUCGAGAAGGAAUAACCAGAGAGAAGGCUAUAAAAAUAGUUCAAGCUAUUCCUAAUGAAAAUGGACUUCUACGAGCUCCCUAUAAAUUUAGGGAUAUAGUAAACCCGACCAAUGGGCCCUUCUCUAGUGUAGUUAGAUUUGUAAGACUCGGUUUUGCUUCGGAGUCUGAUGGGACUAUGCUUACAAGCGAGCAAUUGUCCAGGAUUCAGGAAGCCAUAAUUGAUGUCACCGUGGAGCAUGCGGGUGGCGAGAUGCCCCAGUUCGAAAAAUGUGUGGCUCGAAAAGGUUGGCUUAUGGUAAUCUGCGCCAACUUUUCCACCUCACAGUGGCUCAAGCGCAAUUUCUGUCACAUCCAAGCAAAGGUAGAGUUUAAACUCAAGCUAAUGACAGAGGAGGAACUUCCGAGGAAAAAUGUGAUCCGUGGCUACUUUCCAGACAGCCUAUCAACCGGCAACCAAAAGGUCCUCGAUAUUAUAGAGGCCCAAAAUCCGGUGUCCACCACGGAAUGGAGGGUUUUAAAAAGGCUAACCUAUGGAGAACUUUUGCAUCUUGUCAUUUCAGUUGACAAUGAAUCACAGAAGAAAUUGGUAGAUCUAGAUGGGAUUAUCUCCUUCCGAUUCGGCCGUUUGAAAUUCAGUAUGAAGGAAGAUAAGGAAACAAUGAUUAGAAAGCAAUCAUUAAAGCCAAAAGAGAAACCAAUACAAGUUACUCAACCCCUACAGAAAGUUACUCCACCCCUACAGAAAGUUACUCCACCCCUACAGAAAGUUACUGCAAGUCAGGCUGCUGUGCCUGUAGUUCAAAAUCCAUCAAACUGCAACAAUGGUCAGUGGCUCAACUAUAAUGGUAUGACAUGGAACACCUAUUAUUAUCCUUGGACCCAAUGGGGAUUUCAAUCAAACUACAGUUAUAUUCCACCUAAUCCAAAAACCUUUUCGGGUCCUGGGUUCUCGGAAUCGGGUGCUUGGGUUGGAACCAACGUACCACCACCUCCCCUAGGAAACAGCUAAAGAAAAGGCUCCUUAGUUAACUCCCCUUUUUCAUCAAAGAAUCAAGAUUUUAUAGCAAAAAAGUUCAACAUAGAUCGGUAAACUUUUAGGGAGAUCUCGAGGAAAAGAGGUAUUUAGAGUUUUUAAUGAGUAUACAUUUAAACAGGACUCUUUCAACUUCCACUUCCACCAACUUCAAUAUUGAUUCUUUUAACCAAGACCACUCACUAUUUUACAAUGAUUUUGCUUACAGCAUAAAAAACAGUAACACUGGUUACACCAAAGGAUUCGAAGUUUUAGAGAGAAUUUAUGUCAAAACACCAAAAUACCAUAACACUGGUUCCACUAAAGGAUUACAAUGGCUUGGCCAACAGCAUGUGGUACAAUAACACUGGUAACAUUUAAGGAUUUUAGUUUUAUGAAGAUAACCUUCAUUAAAAGUUGACAACUAGACUCUUAUGGUUUAGAAUUAAUAGAACAGUGGUUCUAUUUUCCAAAAAGAUAAAUUGUACAUUUUCUGAAAUGGGAAUUAACAUUAACCAAUAUUUGAUUUCUGGUUGUGUCAAAAUUUUAUUAUUGAAUAUACCCACGUUUCUCCCUUAAAAGCGAAUAUUGUAUACAAUCAUAUCUCUUUUCAGAGCGUUGCAUAUCAUUAAAAAUCUUUUAAAAAUGUUUGGAACUUUAUGGUUACAUAACAUCCACCAAAUAUGAUGAUGGGAGAAAUAUGUUUCGUUGAAAUCAGGCUAUACAGGAUAUAUCCUUUGGGUACUGGGAAUAUUAACUUUUCCGCGCACGCUCCUUUCGCUAAUUAAAUCUAAUGCAACCUGUAAUAAAUUCGCUUGUCGCGCUUUUCCGGCCGUGCAAAUCAACCCUUUUUUCGUCGUCUAGCUAUGCAAAUUCUGGCGGCAAAUUGCCCUGGUGCCAUUCAGCCUUAUCAUCCUGCAUCCUGAAUCGUGAAUCCUGUACCUGCCAUAGUCACCCUCGUAGAUCCUCCGAUUCCCUCGCGAUUUGGCGAACAAAGCAAUUUGCUGGCAGCCACGCGAUUCAAUUUUCGCCAAAAUAUUGAACAUAAUAGUAAAGUUUUAUGCGAAUUCCGUUGGCAGAACAUCCGUUUCCGACUUGAAAAGAGGGUAGACUUUGGCCACCUCCACCUCCACCUCCAUCCACCCUUCACUUCCAGAUUGACAAUCAGCAUGCGGUCUCAUAUCCGCUGGAAAGGCAAACAAAACCCCGCAAAACUUUCACUUAUGCGAUAUUGCGAAACUAUUGGGCUGCACAACCCGUUGACACAAAUCGCACUAAAUCAAAAAUUAUACUUUGCACAAAUAUAGCGAAAGGAUGCCUCGCAGGAAGUCUCUACGCCCUGUGGCCAUAAAUCUCAUCUAGUCAAAUAUUG